AUGGUUGACCCCGAUACCGAGUCUGAGGAUGAAAACCCCACAAAUAAAUCCCAGUUUUUGCCAGCUUCUAGCGGCAUCAACAACCUGUCGAACUCGGCGAGUAGCAACAACAACACGAAUACCCAGGAUAGCGCCCAAGAUGCGACGAACAACCAGGGACAAAAUCUGCCUGACAUUGCUUCUGCCAUGAUACAGAAGGUCAGAGCUCUCGAACAUGACUCUAAAAACCCCCGUGGGUGGACAAUCCUGAUCAAAUUCGCCCUCGCCCCCCUACGUCUGGAACAUAUCAUCGAUAGCAACAUUCCUCGUCCAACCGAAGGACACCCGAAAUAUGAGCGUUGGAGGUACUGGUCCCGCACAGUGGCCAGUUGGUUGUACCUCCAGGUGGACGAUACAAUCCAAGAACGCAUUCAAAACUUGGUUUACAUUCCUAGAUACGCCGACACAAUAUUCGACGAAAUCAUGACCAUAGUACAGGGUAGCAACACAGCGGAAAACGCCCUGAACGAAACCAAGAAGUUCGACAAGAUGCGUCGAUCUGACUUCAACACUGCAAAAGAAUACAUCGCUGAAUACCAGAGGCAGUACCACGUACUUGCUAGAUUCAAGAUCGCACCGCACCCGUUCCAUGCACUCUGUCAAGUGCUUCACCAGCUGGAAAAGGAGAUUCCGAAGGUGCAAUUCAUCAUCGAAGAAAUCGGCAACACUGAACCAAAGAAGAUCACACUUGAAAAGAUGGAUCAAUACUGUAAAAGCUUGCAAACUGUCGCUGAUCGUGAUGAUCGGAACUGA